CGGCAGUGUGGCUGAAACAUAGGAACCAAUGUUGAUCUACAGUUUGAAUCGACCGAUCAGAGCAGAAAACUGAAGUCUUAUGUAGGGGAUAUACAGCUUAACCCAGGUCCACAGAACAGAGGCUCUACAACGCACUCUUACCAUGGGCUGGAGCAAACAGAUGUGGUGAGCUGUGCCGGGCGGACAGGUGUGGUCACCGCUGAAUUUGUGCGUCACUCGCGGGAUGAGCAGGUUGGAUCUGGGCUGCCGGACCUGGUUGUGGUGGACUCUAGUAGGGCCCGGCUGGCUGAAGGGCUGCCAUGUGUUGCCGGCGGUGGACCGGUGUCCUGUCUCUCACCUGACGGAUGGGCUGAGUCAGCACUUCCCCGCCCGUCCACGCUAGAUCUCACCGGGUUCUGUUUGUCUGGCGGCCUGACUGGUUUAUCCACUAACGGAGUGGAGGAUUGCCCCCUGAGCUGCCUGACGGGGCCAGAGCCUCCCAAGUCCAUUGCACCACGGGUCGGCGUGGCUGAGCUGCCAGACGUGCAGACUUGUGGAUGGCCUAGUGGUCCAUUUUCAAGAGAACAGAACUUGGCUCAUAGACCAGUCCACAUUGCCAUCCAGCGAGGAACGGAUGCGCGGCCGAAAACUUAACCGUAAAGGAUUGUUUGGAGUAAAAGCACCAGCACGUUGACGCACUGCGGCUCUCACUGCUGACAGCGUCAGUCACAAACUUCCUCAGAAAGGCUCCAAUAAAAGGGAGGAAGAGUCACAUGAUGGAGGGCCAGCUGUCCUGCUGUGCUGCGUGUCAGGACGUCCUGAAGGAUCCAGUCUCUACCAGCUGUGGACACUGCUUCUGCAGAGAGUGUAUCACCUCAUACUGGGACCAGUGUGGUUCAUCAGGAGACUCUUCCUGUCCCCAGUGUGGAGAAAGCUCCGAGAGAGGACAUGGACUGGAGACGGCCGGUCAGACCAGCGCUGAACAAAUGAGAGGUGGUCUUCAGGAGGUUUUAGAUGAACAUAAGAUCAGUCUGAGGAGGAGAUGUGAACGUGUGACUGAAGGAACUGGUGAAGCAGGAAGUAGAACUCUCCUCAACAGGAUCUACACUGAGCUCUACAUCACAGAGGGACAGAGUGAAGAGGUCAACAGCCAACAUGAGGUCAGACAGCUUGAGACAGCUUCCAAGAGAGAGAUCAUCCAUGAAACACCAAUCAAGUACCAUGAGAUCUUUAAAGCCCUCCCUGACCAACAGAAACCCAUCAGAGUGAUUCUGACUAACGGUGUCGCUGGUGUUGGGAAAACCUUCACGGUGCAGAAGUUCACUCUGGACUGGGCAGAGGGCUUGGAAAACCAGGACAUCAGUCUGCUGGUUCUGCUUUCAUUCAGAGAGCUGAACUUGAUCAGAGAUGAGCGCUACAGUCUUCUGGAGCUGCUCCGUGUUUUCCAUCCAACAUUCCAGAAGGUCAGAGCAGAGACGCUGGCUGUCUGUAAACUUUUGUUCAUCUUUGACGGCCUGGAUGAAAGCAGACUGUCGUUGGAUUUCAGCAUCAGUGAGGUUGUUCAUGAUGUCACACAGAAGUCAUCAGUUAAUGUGCUGUUAAUAAACCUCAUCAAGGGGAAUCUGCUUCCCUCAGCUCUCAUCUGGAUAACUUCUCGACCUGCAGCAGCCAAUCAGAUCCCUCCUUCACGUGUGGACAGGCUGACAGAAGUCCGAGGCUUCACUGACACCCAGAAGGAGGAGUACUUUAGGAGGAGGUUCAGUGAUGAAGAUCUGUCCAGCACAAUCAUCUCCCACAUCAAGACAUCCAGGAGCCUCCACAUCAUGUGUCUGAUCCCAGUCUUCUGCUGGAUCACUGCUACAGUUCUGGAGAACAUGAUGAGCACGGAGCAGAGAGGAGAGCUGCCCAAGACCCUGACUGACAUGUACUCACACUUCCUGUUGGUUCAGACCAAGAGGAAGAGGCAGAAGUAUGAUGGGGGACAUGAGAGCAGUCCACAGGAGCUGAUGGAGGCUGAGAGAGAAGUUCUUCUGAAGCUGGGGAGGCUGGCGUUUGAACAUCUGGAGAACGGAAACAUCAUGUUCUAUGAAGAAGACCUGGAGCGCUGUGGUCUGGAUGUCACAGAGGCCUCAGUGUUCUCAGGAGUUUGCACAGAGAUCUUCAAAAGAGAGAGUGUGAUCUUCCAGAAAACGGUUUACUGCUUUGUUCAUCUGAGCAUUCAGGAGUUUCUGGCUGCAGUCUACAUGCUCCACUGUUUCACCAACAGGAACACAACAGUACUGGAGGGUUUCCUGGAGACAGGAAACAGUGAUUAUGAUGAUGACUGGAGGUUUGAUGAUGAUUAUAAUGACUGGAUAUUAUAUGAUGUUUAUGAUAACCAGAUCAGGAUUCCCUCUGAACGUGAUGACACUUUGGAAGACUUCCUGCGUAGAGCCAUGGAGAGAUCUCUGAGGAGUGAAAAUGGCCACCUGGACCUGUUUGUUCGUUUCCUCCAUGGACUGUGUCUGGAGUCAAACCAGAGACUCUUAGGAGGUCUGCUGGGUCAGAUAGACAACAGUCCAGAAACAAUCCAACGAAUCAUUGACAACCUGAAGAAGAUGAACAGUAUUUAUAUCUCCCCUGACAGAAGCAUCAACAUCUUCCACUGUCUGAUGGAGAUGAAUGAUCUCUCAGUAUAUCAGGAGAUCCAAGAGUUCCUGAAGUCAGAGGACAGAUCAGAGCAGAUACUCUCUGACAUCCAUUGCUCUGCUCUGGCCUACAUGCUGCAGAUGUCAGAGGAGGUUUUGGAUGAGUUGGACCUGGAGAAGUACAACACAACAACAGAGGGAAAACGGCGACUGAUUCCAGCUGUGAGGAACUGCAGGAAGGCUAAAAUUUAUGUCAACUAUCUCUCAGAGGCUCACUGGGAAGUCAUAACCUCAGCUCUGAAGACCAACCCCUCCCAUCUGAGAGAGCUGGAGCUGAGGUCCAAGCAUUCUGACGUAGGUGUGAUGCUCCUGUGUUCUGGCCUGGAGAGUCCGAACUGUCGUCUAGAGAUUCUGAGACUGAGUAAUUGCAGUUUGUCAGAGAUCAGCUGUUCUUCUCUGGCCUCAGCUCUGAAAGCUAACUCCUCACAUCUGAGAGAGCUGGACCUGAGCUACAACGACCAGCUCCAGGAUUCAGGAGUGAAGUUUCUGUGUGACUACCUGCAGAGUCCAAACUGUGAACUGGAGACUCUGAGACUGAGAAAAUGCAGUCUGUCAGAGAUCAGCUGUUCUUCUCUGGCCUCAGCUCUGAAGUCUAACCCCUCACAUCUGAGAGAGCUGGACCUGGGCGGUAACCUGCUUCAGGAUUCAGGAGUGAAGUUUCUGUGUGAUUACCUGCAGAGUCCAAACUGCAAACUGGAGACUCUGAGCUUUGGGGAUAAAGAGAUCAUCAGAGCUGAUGAUGAGAAAAAAUCUCUGAAGGCCCAACACUUCUCACUAUCAGGAGACUUCAGUGUCAAAAAGGAUGAGAAGGAAAACCUUCAUCUGCUUGAUGAUAAAAUGGCUCCAUCAUCUUUCUCACCUGAAAAGACUGACUCUACAUACAGGUUCAGGUGUCCUGGUCAGGGUGUGUUCCAGUGUGCUUCCACUAGGCUGGUGUUUGCUAUGGCAAAGGAGGCGGAGCUUCAGUACAAGACUGUCGAAUGGGAUGUGGCUCUCCUCCAAUCAGCAGGCAAGACAGCUGCAGGGCCGCUGUUUGACAUCCGGUGUCCUGAAGAAGCUGUGUGUCAGCUCCACCUCCCACACUGUGAAUCACAGGAAGGACUGCUUGUUGAUGGAGGCUUGUCUGUUGUCCACAUCACUGAUGAUGGGAUGACCUUCUUGGAGCCGUUGGAGAUCACAGACACUCAUGUGGUUGUGAUCGUCUCUCACCUAUCCCUCUUUGGCCUGGUCUGGGAUUCUUUUAAAAGGUUUCUGGGAAAUUCCCAGCCAAUAGACGGAGCAGUCCUGCUGUUCCUCCGACCUCUGACUAUGCUCUACGUGUUUCUGGUGCCAGAAAACAUUGAUUUCGACAAGCUCACUAAACAGCAGAGAGAGGGAGGGGCAGUUUAUAUCCCGACUGCUUCUAUAUGUCCUCUGAGCUCUGGUCAGAAUUACAGCGUCCACUGUGAACCUCAGGGCUUCACAGUACAGCCAGAGAAUGCACAAUUCCGUAUCAAAUAUGGACCAAAUUUUUUCCCAACAUUUCAAGUUGUCCUCUCGACAAACCAAGAGAAAGUGACUCUGACAAUCCAGGACCAAGACAGGAGAGAAGUCUUGACACUUGAUGUGUGUCUUAGAGCUGACACUCAGAGGGAAGCAGGAAGUGGCACAAACACCGCCCAGGAUAGAAGCAUCAUCACUCCUCAGAUUAGUGGAGCUACUGUUAGAGAUGUUCAUCUCACUGCUACUGUCCUCCACACACAGGGCCAGUCUGCCCUGAGCGAGACAGACACAGGUCCUCCCAGAAAUACAGGUUCAAGAUGGGAAACUCUGCCAAAUAUCGUUCCAGAAGAGGACAGAAUCCCUAUAGGGGACAGGGUUCCAGCAGAGGACAGGGUCUCUGCAGAUGCAAGGCUUCUUUCAGUUAGGACGGAGUUCAUCAAAAGAGUUUCAGGUCCUGAUCUGAACCAGCUCAUAGACAGACUCCUGCAGCACGGUGUUAUACAGGAUGAAGAGAUGCAGUCCUUCCACACCAAAGUCAGAGCAGACAAAGCUCGGGAUGUGAUUGACUCAGUGCGAGGAAAGGGAGCUGCAGCCAGCUCAGUCCUGAUUGCCUCUCUUUUUGAGGUGGAUCCAUGGCUCUGCACAGCGCUGAACUUAAGAUGAAAACAAAGAAAGAUCUGAGGGGUGUGCUGAUGUAAACAGCUGGCUGCUUUACAGUUAACCCUUUCAGUGUUGGAACCUUGAAAUGAGAUGAUAACAUGAGGAUGAAAUACUCCCUCCAUUGCAGAGCUCUGAAUGAUUUGGCCAAGGGGCAACAUAAAGAUAAAAAAUUGACUUGGGCCUAAAACUGAACUCUGUGGUACACCACAGGUAAUAGUAGAGGUAGAGGAGUGAUGACUUAUGGUGGCCACAGAGGUUCACUCUAAAAGAUGAGAUAAAACCAGAUCAGUGUAGUGUCGCUGAUGGCCACCCAGUUUAGUUUAUUAGUUUAUUUGACAGGGGCCAUGCAAAACAAAACUGUCAAGCCAGAGUUAGCUAUAAAGCCAAUUUUCAUCUGUGGUCCCUGGGUUUCUAAGAGGUUCAACCAAAACAGCAGGAACAACAGUAUCAAAGGCUGCACUGAGAUCUCAGAGACUUCAGAUGUUCCCCUCCCUUCUAUCUGCAGCUAAAACAAAUCAUUGGUCACCUUGAGGAGGGCCGUCUCAGCGCUGUGACCAGCUCUAUAACCAGACUGGAAUUUCUCAUAGAGGUUGUGAUUAGACAUAAGAGGUUAAAUCUGUGUUAAAACCACCUUUUCUAGAACUCUGGAUCCAAAUGGAAGUUUUAAAAUUGAUUAAAAAUGUUUAAAAGCAGAGGGGUCAAGGUUAGUUUUCUUUAAAAGAGGUUGGACCACAGCGUGUUAACAGAGGGAAUUUCUCCUUAAGUCAAAGAACUGUUGAUUAUUAAUAAAAUACAGGGACCCUCAGUUUGCCCAUCAUCGGUCUCUUGCAGACUCAAACCUGUUGGCUCGAUUGGCGUGAAUAUGUGCCUCAGCUUCCAGACUUCCUGUGGGGGGUCGGCGAUAACUGGUAUUGGCGAGUGUUAAAACCAGUUAAGGAUUGUAGCUACUCUUGGUGGAAAGGAAAGCCCUCUCCUAAUGAGGGUUAAAUAGAAGCCAACAGGCACCACCCAAAAACAAGAAGGUUUCUGGUCCACAGACGUACAAGUCUGUGUGAUCCUGGCAGGUGUUUUAGUCGCUGAUGGCAGAAUCAGCUGAUCAAAAAAAAACAAAACAAAAAAAGAAACCAAAAAAAAAAACAAAAAACAAAUCUAUGGUCUGAGGUGAAGUACAAAAUUGACCCCAGAGACUGUCCUCUGUGGUUUCAACUCAUGAGAGUUUUUCCAUUUCAUCAUUUUCUAUUUUUGAGCCGAUAUGUUUGCUGCUGCUUUUGAAUUGAUUUUACAUCAUUUUUCACCCAUGUAAUAAUUAAAUAAAUCAUAUAAUCCGUUUUUCCUGUAGAUGAAUUUACUUUUACAUGUAAUCUGUUCAGUCUAACAACUUCAUUAUCAAUCUGGAUGUUUGAGUGAUUUGAUACAUUUUUGU